AUGCAGCCGUUGCAGGCGCACCUCCGCGCGCACUCGAGUGACGUCAAGAUCGUCACGUGCGACUACCGUGACAGCGUCGACCAAAUCGUGAGCUCGUCUUUCGUGGGCGGGCUGACCGCCGACGGGUACCUCAUCGGCGUCUUCUUUGGGUUUGUCGAUGUUUUGUAAAAAUAUAUAAAUCC